UGACGGCCAUUCGGAAAAGUUUGACUUGCAGAUGGAUUAUAACUAUGACCAUGAAUUUAGAGAAACGGGUCCAUUUUCCGUUAAUGCUAGUAUUUCUAAUAGUGUUAGUACUAAAGAAUUUGCCAGGGAUAUAACCAUUGUUGAAGUCUUAGAGAAUCUUCAGAUAGCCACAAAUCCACCUCAUGCCGCUAUAAAUCUUCCUAUUGCCCUAGAUGUUGUCUUGUACAGAGCACCAACCGGUAACGACUGUCUUAUCACUGUUAACUAUGGAGGAGGUAUUCCUGAUGUCGUUGAUAGACCACGUACAGGAUCUGGUCAAAAUGGCAAAGACACCUUGCCAGAGGUUACAUAUACAACGCUUGGUACUAAGACCAUCACUGUUACGGUCAAAUCUCCCUUAGAGAGUCUCACACAGACAUUAGAUAUUGAAGUGCAGGAUCCAGUAAAAGGUGGAUUUACGGUAACUGCAGGGCCAGACGCUAAUGGAGAAUUUACACAUCCAGGCCCAGCAACCUUUACAAUAGUAUAUACGGGAAACGUGAUGCCAACUGAUGCCAGCUAUUCAAUUAGUUUGGGUGAUGGUGAAUUCAUAAAUGGAUCUUUUGCCACCCUAUUUGCAACAGUUCCUGGUACUGCGACUUUGUCACAUUCUUUCACUAACGAUGGUACGUUUUCUGCUGCCAUGACUAUCUACAACUUAGCCUCAUCAGAAACCACAAGUUUCAAUACUGGCUCUUAUAUAGCUAUCGCAGAUUCAGCUGCAGCGAUUACUUACAAACCUGCCUUGCCACUAGAUGCACCAGAGGAGACUGGACUGCUAAAUCAAGUUGGGAAAUUCCCGAGAGAUAGGCCUAUCAUAUUCACAAUGACCCAUACAUCAGGAACAAUUGAAGGUUAUGACAUAAGUUAUAAUCUAAAGAGUGGUGGUGGUCUAACCUAUACCAGUAGCAAAACAAAAAGUCCCUUUGAAAUAGACUUUCCAGGGAGUGGUUUAUUUGAGGUACAAAUCACUGCUAAAAAUCCUCUGUAUAGCAACGCCAUGACGACUGAGGUUACCAUCCUAGAUAGAGUUGUUGGUACCAACAUCACAGAUCUUGUACCAAAUAAGGGAUCCGGUGUCUUAAAGAAAUUUGGUAUUGAAUUUGAUAUCCAAGGAGACCAAACUUGUCUGAGUAUUGAUUUUGGAGAUGGUAUUCAGCAGUCAUUAUCAGAUGAUCCGACCUACUGUAGCCCAUCUACAUUUCAACACAUAGGAGCUCUAACUGGUGUGACAGAAAUUAAACACACCUACAAUGCCAAUGGCUAUUACACCGUUGUAGCCACUGCUUAUAACAGCUUUUCAAACUCGUCUAAUUCAAUCAGUGUACCUGUAUCCAGAGCGGAAUGCAAAGAUCCUAUAGUAACCAUCCUGGACCAGAGCUUUCAGUUUUAUAAUCCAAUGAUUGUAAAGAAAGGCAAGCAAUUCUCAAUCAUUGGUCAAUCAGACAUCCUUUGUUCAACUACUCUGGAAAAUAUAAAGACCUGGUCAAUUGAAACCGUGGAUGAUAAUAGUGGAGAAGUUACUGGUGUAAUUGAUUUAUCAUCAUAUUCAACAAGGACAAAUGCUGAAUUAUACAUUCCUGCAAGAUCAUUAGAUUAUGGUCUGUACAAAGCUACUUACAGCAUGGAAAUGUCUGGUGCUGACUUUGAUGGAGGGCGAUUUGUAACCGCAUCUUACACAUAUUUCCGUGUAGAUGAAUCAGAUAUAGUUGGUAUAAUACAACAAGGUGGUAUCAGUGAAAUAGUCCGAGGUCUUCAACCUAUUACUUUAGAACCACACAAGUGGUCAUUUGAUCCAGAUGAUAUAACACCGAUUGGUUCUCAGACAUUUGACACUUAUACAUGGAACUGCACACCAGCCAAUCUCAAUGCCACAGUAGCACAUUGUGAUGACAUGGUUCCAACUACAACUGUGGGCAGUCCAGUGACAGUUGACUUGGCAAAGGCGGUUGUUAAUGCUGAUUUUCGAUUCUGUGUGGUUAUAAAGAAAGGUACCAGAGCCACCACUGCUUGUUUGGUUGUUCAGUUAGUGCCUGGAGCUCCGCCGGAUGUUUAUCUUGAGUGUACUGCUAGUUCAGUUUGUAAUCAGUUAGCUGAUGGCCAGUUAAUACCACCUUCUGGUCGUCUGGGAGUAAAAUGUGAAUGUACAUCUUCAUCAUGUGCCAAUUUACAACUGGAAUAUAGCUGGAUAUUUUAUGUAUAUGACUAUCGUUGGCCAUGGAAGGAUAUCCGAGACAUACAAAAAUAUGCUAUCGGUAUUGAUUCAAAGGAGUUAGCCAUCAACCAAAAUCUAUUUGAAGAUUACCCUGAAGUCACACGAUUCCGAGCAGGAUGUACUGCUAACAUAGCAGGUCAUAGCGAGGUUGGAAAGGCAUACAUGAACUUCAUGAUCAACAGUAAACCAGAUAAUGGAACGUGUACUGUAGAUAAAACGGAAGGAGUUGUCAGUACUAAUAAAGCUUUUUGUAUUACGUGUGAAAACUGGUAUGAUGAACAGGGAAUCGCUGAAUAUCAGAUCAUUGUUCGACUAAAGGAUGAUGAUGUUUUCCGUGAGGUUAUGGCCGUUACUACGUUUGAUGGACCGCUGUGUUUAGAUCUGCCGAUGGGAGCAAAAUACAAUGCAUUUAAAGAAGAUCUCUUGGUUCGGAUAAAAGAUAACUUAGGUUCUGUUAGAGAAGUCCUUGUUAGUGAAGUAACCGUCAGUCCACUUUCUGCUGCUGAAUCCCAAACUCUGAUUACACAGUUCCUCAACAAUCAGUUUGAUCCAUUUGAUAAGGUUUAUGCAGAAGGAAAUACCAAUACAGUGGCUGCCAUUACAUCCAAUCUGGUAGCUAUACUCAACAGUGACAGUAAGAAGGCUCAAUCAGAAUAUGCUGGAGUUGGUGUAGCCAGUAGUACAACGAAUACAGGUUUUGGUCCAUCUGAUGCUGACAGAGACGGUGCCUUUAUUACGAGUGAGAGUUCCAGUAAUCCAGUUUUAAAUCAGAAAUAUGAAGAGGAGAAAGACCUCCGAUCACAGUUGAAACAACAAGCUGUAGAAGCUCUAUCUAAAGUAACAACAGGUAGUGUAACAGCUGUUAAACAGAUAUCAAGCAGUCUGUCGGAAUUCGUUCAUUAUCCAGAAGAAGUUACACUUAAAUCUGCCACCUUGGCCAUCAACAAAACACUUGAAAUGGCUAAAUAUAUGGCAGAAUUGAAGGAUGUUUCAUAUGAAGAUCGGAAGUCUACCUUCAUUUAUAUGGCUGCUACACUGGGCGGUGCUUUAGAUGCAAUUGGAUUUAACGGCGAUAACCCGUCAUUAACUGAACUCGACGAAGCUCAAGAUCUGCCUAUAUUUAAAAUAUAUGACACAGACUGGGAAAACCCUGACGGAGGUAUAACAGCUGGUAAUUUGGAAGAAGCUAUGGGAGAACAUGGUAAACAUACCCAUAAAACCUAUGCUGGAUCAGAAUCUUCUGCAUUCAUCGAUAAAGCAACAGAAACCAUGUUACUUUUAGCUCAAGGUUUCUCUACAAACUCAGUACCUGGUGAAUCAAUUCCGUUUACAACAAACAGACUAAAGGGUGUUGUUACUAAUCAAGAUGCCAAAGCUCUGCUAGGGAAUCCAGUUACGAUUCCUGACUCGAAUGCUACAUUAUUAUUACCAAAUAACAUUAAUGCUUUGUUCCCUGGAAGUAACAAAACAGAGAAUGACUCCUUCGUAUUACAGUUACUUCAAACAACCAGUGUUCCUUACCAAUACUCAGAAGGCUCCAAAUCUUUGGCAGCAGAUUCCAAUGGUUUGGUUAUUGAUAUAUUUGAUGAUAAUGGAGAUGUUCGAGUUAUCAAGAAUUUAGUGACCCCUAUUGAGUUUAAGAUACCUCGCGAUGUAAAUGCACCUGUACCCAAAUACAAAGAAGCCGACCCAUUUGUUGCGGAAUGGGACUACUUUUAUUACCAUAGGGUGAACAUAACCAAGAAGGGUGCAUCUCUACACAUCCAGUUCGACAUAUCCAAUAGUACCACCAAGUUUCUAGUAGUUGUUAAAUUCGGCGAAUUUCCAGAUAUUGAAAAAAAAAUUUGUGAUUUUGUUGGUGUUAUUCCCGAUGACAACAUGCCAGCCCAAUAUCGUUACACUUACUUCUUAGAUAACAGAAACGUUAGUGAUUUUAUUGGUAGUGUCUAUAUUGGUGUACGUAAAAUUAUUGAACCGGAGGAGAUUCCCGCUAACUACCAAACAUGCGCUGAUAUUCCAGAAUAUGAAAAAGGUUCUGGUAAACCAGAUAACAAAUACAAUUUCAGAGUCUUCUCCACCGGGUGUUAUUUCUUCAACAAAUCCCUCAGUGAUUGGUCGACAGAGGGAUGCUGGGUUGGUCCAGAAACAGAUGAAGGUGCAACCCAUUGCUUCUGUAACCAUUUAACAACAUUUGCUGGUGGCUGGGUAGUAGUACCAAAUACCAUUGACUGGAACUUUAUAUUUUCUAAUGCUGACUUUGCCAAGAAUCCUACACUAUAUAUUACAGAAAUUGUUAUCGCCAUUCUUUAUUUAUUUGCUGUUGUUUGGGCAAGACGAGAAGAUAAAAAAGAUUUAGAAAGGAUUGGUGUAACACCAUUAAAGGAUAAUGAUCCCAGAGAUAAAUAUUACUAUGAAGUUGUUGUUAUUACUGGAAUGCGAAGAAAUGCUGGUACUGAUUCAAAGGUAUGUUUUAUCAUGUCCGGUGAACAUGAUGAAACCGAUGUCAGAAUGUUUACAGAUGAUAAAAGGAAGAUUUUCCGGCGUGGAGCAGUCGAUUCUUUCCUUGUCGCAGUUCCAAGACCUCUCGGUACCCUGAACUAUGCUCGCGUGUGGCAUGAUAAUUCUGGUAAAGGUAAAAUGGCAUCCUGGUAUUUGAAAUAUCUAAUGGUAAGAGACAUACAGACCAACCAACGGAGCGUUUUUAUUUGUAAUAAAUGGUUUGCUGUAGAGGAAGACGAUGGACAGGUUGAUCGAGUUAUUCCUGUAGCUGGUAAAGCUCAGAUGACAGAAUUUGGACACCUAUUUGCUGAAAAGUCCAAAAAGAGUCUUAUUGAUGGCCAUCUUUGGUUUUCUGUGGUAGCCAGGCCAGCACAAAGUAGAUUUACUCGAGUACAACGUGUGUCUUGCUGUUUACUUCUUCUGUUUGUAUCUAUGUUGGGUAAUGCCAUGUUUUAUGGUACUGCCACUAGCAGUUCAACAACUUAUACAUUCGGACCAUUUGCUUUGUCUCCUGAACAGAUAUUUAUUGGUAUUGCUGUUAAUCUCAUAAUCUUUCCAAUCAACUUCUUUGUCAUGACUCUGUUCCGUAAAUCACGUGCCAGGAAAAUGAAACCAUCAAGAAUAGACGAAGCUUUGAAACGAGGUGGACUUUCCCCAGCGUCAAAUGCAGAGGGAGAAGUGAAAUCCGAUAUGGGAGGAGUAUGGAUGAGUCGCUCUCCAACAAUGAUGGCAGAGAAUCGGGCUGGUACUUCAGCAUCCAUGAGACCGGAAACAUCGUUCUCCUCUGUGUCCAGAAUGGGCGAGAGAAAUUAUGAAGCCCUCCGAGUCGAAAAGAAAAAGAAGAAAAAGAAGUUUGAGUUUCCCUGGUGGUGUAGUAUUUUGGGUUGGAUUCUUCUCUGGUUAGGUGUUGGUGUGUCUGUUGCCUUUGUUACAUUCUAUGGUAUAACAUUCCAAGAUGAGAAAUGUAAGAAAUGGAUCACCUCCAUGCUGACAUCCUUCUUCACGUCCGUAUUCAUCACACAACCGGUGAAGGUGUUCUUAACAGCCAUCUUCUUCUCGCUUGUUGUGAAGAACCCGGGGGAGGAGGAGGAGGACGAAGUAGAAGACGAGGAAGCUCAUAAACUUGGUGCCGAUGAGGAAUAUUUGCACUUUGAAGACGGAUAUGGUGCUACUAGACCAAGGAAAAUUGGUUACAAACCCCCAGAUCCAGCAGAACUUGAAAAGGCCAGGAUUCAAAGACUUAAUGAGAUUAAGAUGUGGGAGAUAGUACGGGAAAUAGUAUUCUAUGCUUUCUUCUUGUGGAUUCUCAUGGUCAUCAGUUACAGAAACAGAAGUCCCGAUGCAUAUUACUAUAAAGAUAGUCUGCAGAAAACAUUUAUUGAGAACACUGAGACAAAUCACUGGUUUUCAAAGGUUCGAAAUACAGCAGAAUAUUGGAAAUGGGCUAAGAGUGGUCUAUUAAAUGGAAUACGUGCAAGCAACUACUACAACUCUGACCCUCCUUUACUUUUGAGAGGUUUUGUAAAUGAUAAAGUAUCUCGUAUUAUGGGUUAUGCUACAAUGAGACAAUUACGAGUUCGACCAGGUUUAUGUGACAUUAGAGGUGUCAUGAAGAACGUCAUUCAUGAAUGUAACGAACCAUAUUCAUUGUCUAAUGAAGACGAGGAAACUUACAUGCCCGAGUGGAAAAAAUUGAACAGCACACAGUCUGAAAAUGAUACAGGGUUACCAUGGGUAUUUUCCAAAGCAGAUGUUUUGAAUGGUUAUCCUUACUGGGGAGUACUGGAACUAUAUGGUGGAGGAGGGUAUGUUCAGAGACUUCAAGGAUCUAAGGAUGUUAUUAAUCAGACUUUCAAAACUCUUGAAAGCCAGAACUGGAUUGAUCGAUACACAAGGGCAGUUUUUGUUGAAUUCACCAUCUACAAUCCACAAGUAAACCUCUUUGCCAUAGCCACAAUUGUAGCUGAAUUUGAUGCCAGCGGUGGUGUUACGACGUCAUACCGUUUUGAACCGGCCAUGCUUCUUCCGUAUAUGUCAUCUGUUAUGUUAUUUCAGAUAGCUUGUGAAGUAAUUUACCUUCUGUUUACAGCCUGGUUUAUUAUUAAGGCAGUAAAGAAUAUCUUCAAAGAGAAGAUAAAAUACUUUUUUGUUUUCUGGAAUAUCAUUGAACUUGGUAUUAUCGCUGUAUCAUUAGGGGCAGUCAUCGUUUAUUUCUACCGUCUUAACGUCACCAACGAGCUGACAGCCAUCUUUGCCCGUUCCCAUGGCAAUGAGUAUAUGAAAUUUCAAUAUGCUGGAUACUGGAACGAAAUUUUCACAUACAUGAUUGGUUGGUUGGUAUUCUUUGGAACACUUAAAUUCCUAAAAUUGCUUCGAUUUAACAAACGAAUGGCACUGGUUGCAGCUACAUUAAAAAAUGGCUCGAACAGUCUUAUCCACUUUGGUAUCAUUUUCCUCAUUGUCUACAUGGCUUUCAUGCAGUUGUUCUACUUGACCUUUAUGAACCUUAGUACGACCUUCUCGACCUUUGUAACCUCCAUGGAAUCUGGUGUGUUAAUGAUGAUGGGUAAAUUUGAUAUUUACAGUAUGUUGAUGAUUGAACCAUUCCUAACCCAGUUGUUUGUCUUCUGCUUCGUGGUAACCAUCACUUUUAUUCUUGUAAAUAUGUUCUUGUCAAUUCUAAAUGAAACAUUCGGAGCCGUCAGAGAGGACAUGAACAAGGUCAAUAACGACUAUGAGAUUGUCGAUUUCAUGGUAGGUCGCUUUAAGCGCUGGACUGGAAUUGGAGCUGCACCUGCUAACACUCUCCAGCCAUCCGACUUGAUGACUGAUGCGAAGGGGAGACCUAUCAGUGGACCACAAGAUAAUGUUACCCAUUUCCCUGAUAGAAUCGACAAGUUACUGAAUUCUAUUUCAAACAUCUACAUGGAUGAAAACGGUAUUGCUCGUCGAAUGAACCAGAAGGAGGCAGCCCAGAACAAAUCAAACAUGAAGAGCAUGUUCAGAGGUAAUAGUUCACAUGAUAAUGAUGGGCUUACAGAGGUUCAGAACUAAGCAGUAUAUUAGUAUAGUGAUUAUUGGUAUCUAUAUUUGUGUCUUUAUGUGCUAGUAUUAGCUAAAAUUAACACAUCUGGUACUAAAAACUUUAUCAUUUAAAUAUAUGAUUCAGUUACCUUUUCCGUCCAGUCUGAUCCCAAAAUAUAACUGCUGUAUGAAAAUCAAAGACCAGGUGGUCUCAAAUUUUGAAAGGACCUGAACUAGGCUUGACUUAUGCAAGGAUGUAUAAUAAAUACAAAAGAAAAUAUUUUUUUAAAAAAACAUUAUUUGUUAAUAAAUUAUACUGCAUUUCUAUUACUGUUAAAUGGAAACUGUUAAAAGAUAUAAAUGAGUUCCUUUAAAUUUGAAAUUUUACCUCACUUACCCAAAAAUAAUUGUUAAAGUUUUAUGACAACAAUGAUAUUAUUUUGUAGAAUCUUGUUAAUUAGAGUAAAUAAUAACUUUGUUGUGAAGUAUGGAUAUUGUGAUAACGACAGGGGUAUUUCCCUUAAUUAGACUUGCUUAUAUCCAUAGAAAAUAUUAAAGUCCCGUGGAACAAAAAAGUAUAUUUUUGAAAGAAAAAGGACGAAAUUAACCCAUGUAAAAUGUGAUAUGAAUAUAAAAGACAUUUAUUUUCCAAAGAUUUAUAAAAAAAAAAUGUUAUGCUUUGAAAUACCCUCUUUUUUGUCAUUCCCAUUUUUUGAUAUUCUCUGAAACUGCUGUUGAAUUAUUGUUUAUUUUUUUAUAUGGGAUUACCAAUAACGUAUAAUACAAUGGUUUCACCAAUAUCAUCAUUUUACUCCCUGGAUUUAUUUGGAGAAUAUUGUUAUUGAUAUAGAAACUUAUAUAUUUAUUAUGUGAACGGUAUUAUCCCCAAAUGUGUGGUUCAAUCUGCUGGUAUUCAAUAUGAGUACAAAUAUAUAUACAUUCCAUAUAAUGUUGUAACUAAUUUUGUUUAGCUCGUGUUCUGUGUUAAACUCUGUGUUUUUUAUUGUCAACCGUUUGGCCUUGAAGUGCUGAAACUUUUCUUAUCGAUUCCGUCCAAUCUUUAAGACUUUUCUUGAUGAAAAAUAAUAAAUAAUAAUAAAGUAGUGUGCAAUGUUGUU